CUCAAUCAGGGUUUUGCCCAGUCCGUGACAAUCACUCGCCCUUUCUCCUCUCUCUCUCUCCCUCGACUGCGCAAGCUCCCGCAGGAUACCUGCCGAGCAAAGAUGGGUAUCGACUUGAAAGCCGGUGGGCGUAACAAGAAGACCACACGUACUGCUCCCAAGAGUGACAAUGUGUACUUGAAGCUUCUUGUGAAGCUUUACCGAUUUCUCGUGAGAAGGACGGACGCUUCUUUCAAUGCCGUUGUCUUGAAGAGGCUGUUCAUGAGUAAAACCCACAGGGCUCCCAUUUCCAUGUCUCGUCUCUCCCGCUACAUGAAAGGCAAGGAAGACAAGAUCGCUGUGAUCGUUGGAACCGUCACCGAUGACGUGAGAUUGUACGAGGUCCCUGCCUUGAAGGUUGCUGCUCUUAGGUUCACUGAGACGGCCCGUGCACGUAUCUUGAAGAAUGGUGGUGAAAUCUACACCUUCGACGAGCUUGCCCUCAAGGCUCCUACCGGAACCGGAUGUGUGCUUUUGAGAGGACCCAAGAACUCACGCGAAGCAGUGAAGCACUUUGGUAGGGCACCCGGAGUGCCACAUUCCCACACGAAGCCAUAUGUCCGACAUAAGGGUAGGAAAUUUGAGAAGGCCAGAGGUCGCAGGAACAGCAGAGGCUUCAAGGUCUAAUACACAAUUUUGGGAUAUUGUAGCCACUAAUUUUAAAGUCACUUCGGCCCAGACCGAGGUCGUUUUUCUCGGCGGAGUGCAAAACUGUUUGAUACUUUACCCUGGAAUCAAGCAUAUUCUGUGGAUCCCAUGGCCAACAUCGUGUGCUUAACUAGAGGGGGAAAGUUAUCAUUGUGUCUUCAGGUUCUAUUCAACAAUUCGUGUAGACUUUGGAAAUCUCACAUCACGCACUCAAAUUAGAGUGUAUUACUUAGUCGCAACCACCAAGAUCACCCUGUUUUGAGCUGGAUAUAUCCUGGAGAAGUGUUGGUCUGUCCGGGAGUUAUUGUAUAGACGGCCUUAUGUUUGAUCCAGUGUCCUGUUGUCUGAAUUUAAUGCAAGCUCUGAUUACUGUGAUACCUACCUUGUGCACGCAUGGUCGUCUGGGUACCACAGUAAAUCUGAAGUGAAUGAUUUCAGU